AUGGGAGAUUUAUUGCCAUUCGCUUACCCGGAGAUGCUCAAGGCGAGUUUUCCGGAGAUGUUCAAGGAGAGGUCCACGGCCACUGAUGUGCAGGUCAAGCUGCGGCGGGUCAAUCCGGAGCCCACGGACAGUGUCUAUGGAAAAAUCGCUGCGUUCAUUAGAGAUAAGGACAGGAACAGCGCUUCCUUCCAAGUUGGGAGCAUGCUCUUCACACGUACAGAGAGGAGUAGUCAGAAUGUUGGCUGCUUGGAGACAAGGCUUGAGCUGGUGAGGUCUAUUGUUCUGGUGCCCUCUGGUUGGGAACUUCAAGUACGGUUGGACCUGUAUAUUAAAACUGGCAACAACGGCGAGGUCAUCAAUUUGACUCAUGAUCUCGACUUCGACAAAGCUACGAAACGAGCUACGAAAAGCUGCUUUGGUGCCAAAGGUGACGAAGUGGAGGUCACCGCCUCCUGGUGUAGUAAGGUACGAAAUGAAGAUAUUGGCAAGCAACUGAGUCCCCCAGUGGAGGUCGAAAUGGAGUAUGACCAAUAUCUAACUAUAGUCUACACCAUCGGAGAUGAACUCUCGUUCACUGAAUUCAUAAUGGUUCUACGUCGCAUCCUCGCUGACCAUCCCGACCGUGAGGAUAUCUUGGAUAAGCACCCCAGAUUGUUAAAUCUCUCGUCCACCGGAGAUCACCCUGUGCUCGCCAAGCAGCGUGGUCGACAGCCGAAGAGGUGGCUCCACAUCAAGCUUAAAGUGGAGGGCAAGGAGGCCGCCUGCUGGACAACCCUGAUCAUGCGGGAUGACAACUUGUACAUCUGUGGCUUCAUGAACAAGCAAGGAGUGUAUGGGCUUGUCGACAAUGAGAAGAGCGAGCAGAUGUUCCCAAAAAAAUACUAUGAUAAGGAUGUGCAACGCCUAGAAUGGACCGUCCAUUACAAAUCCAUUCUGGGAGCUGGAAGUCAAAAGGAAGUCAUAAACAAACUGGAUAGCGCGCAUCUGGGCAAGACCUUCGCCGAGCACGCCGUGGAGAUGCUCUCGGGCUACACAGAAAAUUGUAAGGAGGAUGGCGCCAGGAGGGCUCUGGCAGGUCUGAUUGUCAUGAUCUGCGAGUCCGCAAGGAUGAAUCCUCUCCAUGACUCCAUGGUAGCUGGAUGGAGCAAUGGCACGGGAUUCACCAAGCAACUGAUGCGUUACGUGUGGGGUUAUUAUGGAAAAAAAUCGGAGGAGCUGCGGGCGUGGAAGAGUGGAGGGUACGUCCAAACGCCACAGGUACCGCACCCUAUCGAGGAGCUACAAGCCAUUUACCUCGUGCUCAACACCCGUCCACCUAAUAAAGAUAAAAACAAUCAACUUGGGAACCCCAGCAGCGCCGGUAACGAUGGUGAUUAUUUUACUAAGAAGCCCGGCAGCACCAGCACUGGCAGAGGUCGCGGCCAUCCUAGAGAAAGCCGAGGGGGCCGCAAUAAUGGUGGCAGCGCUAGCAGCUCGCACAAAAGCAAGAGGGACUACAACAACAAAGGUAGCAGUGGCGGCCAGCAACGCCAACGCAAGAAGCCCUGCAACGAUGGCAGCGGAGGGGGUCCUGCUAGCAAAUCCGAUUCGAGGAGGCUAGCGACGCUGCCAGCGGUGGCGGCCGUGAUAGGAAUUCAGAGCAGGCUAGCGAUGCCGACAGCGGAGGUAGCCCUGAUAGCCAAUCCGCGGAGUCCGGUGAUGCCGGCAGCUCUGGUGGGUCUGAGGAGACCGGCGACUCCGGCUCUAGUGGUAGUGGAGGCAACAGCAGUGGCCAACCCGGGGACGGGGAGGCUGAUGACGACGCUCAGUGCCUUGGUAGCCCCCGGGUGGAGCUGCUGUCCAUGCGUGCAGACCUUGGGGUCAAAGGCACGAAAAUCAUCGUCUUUGACGGGAUACGAGGCCAGAUCAUCUACACCAAGGAGGAACAAGGAGAACAGGUACAAUAAUGUCUGUCUGGGGACAAUGGUGGAUCUAGUGCUGACUGGACCCUACAAAGGCAUCUCGGCGUACGGGUGCUUUGCCAUUAGUAUUGACAUCCCAGCCCCUGCUGCGGGUAGCAGCGGUGAUCCUAUCCAAUGGGAAUGGGACUGCUACGACCCGAAGUACGCAACCCAAGUUGAUAAACCACCCGUGAGCCACACCAUCGGCAACGUAGCUGAGGUGACCUACGCGGUAAUGUCCAACGCCCGGGAGGCCACGGUGAAGCAGGUCAAGCUACGACUCAAAGAUGGGCCCACCAGCCAUGGUGGCAUCAGUGGUGAAAUCACUGCGCCCAUUGAUGGUUUCAAAGACGAACACAAGAGCGUCCUCUUCAGGUGUGGCAGGGAAAAGGUUCAGCGUUUGUCCACUACCGACGACAACUCAUGUUUCCUUCUUCAGCUGGCGAGGAAUGUGGUUGCAGUGCCAUGCGGCAGUGCGCUUCACAUAGAGGUGAACCUCCAGAUUGAAACUGGCGAUGGCAAGAAAGUUGAAUUCAAUAAUGUUCGUCUCCGCUUCGCCAAUGGAAUUAGUUCGAGUAAAAGAAAAACUAGCGACGACGGUAACGAAGUCGAAGUUGAGGUCACCUGGUAUCCGGAGAUCACACGGCUGUACGAAACCCGAGAAGAGAUUGAUCAGCCAGAUAUAAAACUCCCAGCGGAGAUCACACGACCGGAGCAAACCAGAGAAGAGAUUGACCACCAGCCAGAAUUAAAUCUCCCAGCAGAGGACAAAAAGAUUUUUGGAAAUCUGGUUGAAGUAGUCCACACCAUCGGGGAUGAAGCGUCAUUCACUAAAUUCAUAAUGGAUCUACGUCGCAUUCUAGCCGAACACCCAGACCGUGAGGAUAUCUUUGAACUCCGCCCACUGCUCGCGAAGCAGCAUGCUGAACAACCGACGAGGUGGCUUCACGUCAAGCUGCAAGUGGAGAGCGAGGAAAUGUCGUCGACAACGCUACUGAUGCGGGAUGACAACUUGUACGUCUGUGGUUUCAUGAACCGGAUUGGAAUUCUUUUCAAGCUUGUCGACAACCAGGACAACGAAUCCUUCCUCCCUGAAGGAUUCCACCUCACCACAGACCUCAAGUUGGGCGUCAGUUACAAUUCCUUGCUGCAGGCCAAAAAUAGAGAUGAUGUCGUGAGAAAACUGACCGCGGCACAGCUAGGCAGUGGCUUCGCCAAGGACGCCGUGCGUGUGCUAUCGAGCCACCCGAAUAAGGUGGCCGGUAUCAGUAUGAGCAUCGAGGUGGCACUGGCGGGACUCAUCUUCAUAGUCUGCGAGUCCGCAAGGAUGAUCUCUGUUCACAAAUCCAUUGAAAAAGAGUGGAGCAACGGCAAGGCGUGGAAGAGUAGAAACUACACUCAACCGCACCGUGUUUCAGAGCUACAAGCCACUCACCUUGUGCUCAACACCUUGUGCUACAACCUACGUGAUGAUUACACCCAAGGCGAUAGCCGACCCCGAGUGGAACUGUUGGCCAUAAGUGCCGACCUUGGGGUCAUCGGCACGAAAAUCAUCGUCUUGGAUGGGAAACGAGGCCAAAUCAUCUACAGGCACGAGAAGCAAGGAGAACAGGGAAGAAUGGUAGAUUUGGUGUUGACUGGACACUACACAGUCAUCUCAGGGUACGGGUGCUUCGCCAUCAAAAUUGACAUCCCAGCUACCUCUCCCAUCAAAUGGGAAUGGGAUUGCUAUGACCCCAAGUACGCUGCCCAAGUCGACGGACCACCCGUGAGCCACAUUAUCUGCAAUCCACAUGACAACCGCGAGGUAGCAAAGGUGACCUAUGCGGUGAUGUCCCGCGCCCGGGAGGCCACGGUGCAAGUCAAGCUGCGGCUCAACAAUGGGCAUAGCCCUGAUGACGUCUCCGGUGAAAUCAGAGCCUUCGUCGGUGGCUUGAAAGUCCCGAUCGUCCUCUUAAGCCGUGCCCACCAAGGGAUGGGCCAGCGUUUCUCCUCUACGCACAAGGACUCAUGGUUUCUUCUUCAGCUGGCGAGGAAUGUGGUUGCGAUGCCAUGUGGUGAAAUGCUUCGCAUAGGGAUAGAUGUGGACCUGCAGAUUGAAACAUCCAAGAAACAUUUGAAGGCCGAUGUCUACAUAGAGGACGGGAUUCGGAGGCAAAUACUUGUAGUCGAUGGUUUCGAAGUUGAAGUGAACGUCAGCUGGUACCCAGAGGUCAACAUGCCUCCUGUGGGUCACCCUGAAUUGGUGUAUACCAUCGGAGAUGAUGAAAUGUCGUAUAUUAGGUUUAUAAUGGCUGUCCGUCGCAUUGUCGCCGACCACCAACAUUGCGAGGAUAUCUUGGGUGCCCACCCUGUCUCAAAUCUGCGCUUUACCCGACAACACCCACUGCUCUCCAAUCAUUACCGGGACAAAAGGUAUCUUUACGUCAAGCUUCAAGUGGCGGCCGAGGAAACGUCGACAAUCCUAAUAGCUAUCACGUCUGACGACUUGGUCGUCCAUGCCUUGAAUAACCGGAACGAAUUAGAAUAUUGGUACAGCAUUACAAGCUGGGGCUGCAGUUACGACCGUAUACUGCAGGUCAGCACCGCGGACUGGGAGAAAGUCGUGGAUAAACUGAACUCCGAGAGGCUGGGCAAAACCUCCGCGGUUAACGCCGUGCGGGUGCUCUCGCGCUUCAGCAAACGCAACCUAGUUUCCGCAAAUGGUGAGGCUGAGGCCAGGCUGGCACUAGUGCGCCUAAUGGUCAUGAUCUGCGAUUCCGCGAGGAUGAAUCCUGUUCUCGACGCCAUUGCUGGUGGCUGGAACAACGGGACCGGAUUCACCAAGCAACUCAUGGAUUACAUACGGUACUGGGAUCUCAUCUCAACCGCUCUGCGGGACUGGAGGGACAGCAGAUACCGUAGAUGGGAAAAAGAUGACAAUCUAGAGGGGAUCGGAAUCAAGAGCCCAGAAGAUGCACUAGACGUCGUUCACCUUUGUUCAGCUGAACGGAUGAAUCGUUCUUUGUCGCGAACGGACCUGCCAAGCAUGUCGUCGUUCUGGACCAUCAAUGUCUUCGACGGGAAACGAGGUCAAAUCAUCUACAGGAAAGAGGAGCAAGGAGUGGAAAAAGCUUCGAGCGGUGCAGCCCCUGCUGAAGCACUCCUGCAGCUCGCCCUUCCGUUUGUGUGUCGAGCACUGCUAGCAGCUCAUCGGUGCAGCCGAUGCUGGUCGGUUCCCCAGGUUGAGCCCCACCGCGUCUCUCUUUCUCUGCUGGAAUUUCCAGCCCUUGUGCCUGAGAAUUUCCGGCCCUACCGUGCUAUGUCUUCCGCGUCCUGCCUGUUUGAGCUUCGUUUUGCAUUCCGGUUCUUCUGUGGUGUCCACCAAAUUGGAGGAAUGGUCGAUUUGGUGCUGACUGGACCAUACACAAGGAUCUCGGUGGCGUACAGGUGCUUCGCCAUCAGAAUUGACAUGCCCCCACCGGCCACCGCUCCCAUGAAAUGGGAAUGGGAUUGCUAUGACCCCAAGUACGCUGCCCAAGUCGACGGAGAACCCGUGGGCCACAUUAUCUGCGCUCCACAUGACAACCGCGAGGUAGCAGAGGUGACGUUCGCGGUGAUGUCCAAUGCCCGGCAGGCCACUGUGCAGGUCAAGCUGCGGCCCAAAGAUGGGGCCAGCCGUGGUGGCAUCAUCAGUGGUGAAAUCACUGCGGUCAUCGAAGACUUCAAAGACGGAGACAAAAUCGAAGACAAACACAAGAGCGUCCUCUUCAGGCGUGCAAGGGAAAAGGGUCAGACAUUCCCCACUACCAAAGACAACUCAUGGUACCUUCUUCCGCUGGCGAGGAAUGUGGUUGUAGUGCCAUGCGGUAGUGCUCUUGACAUUGAGGUGAAGCUCCAGAUUGAAACUGACGACAGCAAGCAAGUUCCAUUGAAUGUUCCUCUCAGCUUCGAUAAUGGAAUUUGUUCGAGUAAAACUGGCAACGGCAAGGAAGUCGAAGUCCAAGCGGAAGUCACCUGGUACCCGGAGAUUACACGGCUGGAGGAAACCCGAGAAGAGAUUGAGCAGCCAGAAUUAAAGCUCCCAGCACAGGACGAAAUGAUGUUUGGGAAGAUGGUUGAAGUAGUCCACACCAUCGGAGAUGAAGCGUCAUUCACUAAAUUCAUAAUGCAUCUACGUAGCAUUCUAGCUGAACACUCAGACCCUGAGGUUAUCUUUGAACUCCACCCAAUGCUCGCGAAGCAGCAUGCUGAACAACCGAAGAGGUGGCUCCACCAAGGAGGAGUCUGCUGUUAUGAGCUUCUCGACGACAACGAUGGCAGCGUCGGUAUGCUCCCAAAAGAUUACAAUCCCAAACACCUAGCCUGGGGCAUCAACUACAGGAACAUACUGGGUGUCGAUCGCAAAGAAGCAGUAGUGGAUAAACUGGAAUCCGCAAAGCUGGACAAGACCUUCAUGGUUAACGCCGUGCGAGUGCUGUCGAGGUGGAGCCACACUGCAUUUCGGAGCUGCAAGCCACGUACCUCGUGCUCAACACCUGGUUACCUGGCCGAGCCCGGGUGGAGCUGUUGGCCUUGUUCAUGCGUGGCGACCUUCUGGUGGAAGGCAUCAAAAUCGUUGUCUUUGAUGGCAAACGAGGCCAGAUUAUCUACACGGAGGAGCAAGGAAAAGAAGAGGAGAACCGGUAUAGGAGUACAUAAAUCAUGUCCAAUGCCGUGUGGAAUGGUCGAUUUGGUUCUGACUGGACCCUACAGGGGCAUCUUGGCGGAGUACGGGUGUUUCGCCAUCAAAAUCGACAUCCCAAGGACAACAUCUACUCGCAGCGGCAGCGACGAGCAUCCUCCCAGUAGAUGGGAAUGGAAUUGCGAUGACCCAAAUCACGCUGCUCAAGUGGAUACAAUGCAACCCGCCCACGGUAUCAUUAGUUCUCCAGACGGGCCCAAGGUAGCUGAGGUCACCUAUGCCAUGAUGUCAGAUGCCCGGGAGGCCACUGUGCAGGUCAGGCUACGACUCAAAGGUGGGAACAUCGCCAGUUGCGUCAGCAGUGGUAAAAUCACCGCCCUCAUCGAUGGCUUCGACGUCCCGAGCGUCCUCCUCAACUGUUACUCAGAGGCAACGGGUUGUCGGUGUUUGUUGACUACUUCAACCGCUGGAGACUCAUGGUUCCUUCUUCAGCUGGCGAGGAACGUGGUUGCAGUGCCAUGUUGUCGCGUGCUUCACAUAGAUGUGAACCUGCAGAUCAAAACUGACGACGGCAUGGGAAUUGAACUGAAAGCUCUUCUCAGCUUCGACAACAAUGGAAUCCGUUCGAGUAAAACUGACGACGGCAAUGAAGUCCAAGUGGAGGUCACCUGGUACCUUCUCAGCUUCGACAACAAUGGAAUCCGUUCGAGUAAAACUGACGACGGCAAUGAAGUCCAAGUGGAGGUCACCUGGUACCCAGAGCAAAUAACCAGUGAAGAGGCUGAUUUUAUUAGUGGUCCAUGGGACUGGGACUGGCUGCCGGAGCAAAUAACCAGUAAAGAGGCUGAUGAGAUUAGUACUCUGACAGAACAAAGUGGUCCAUCGGAGGUCACAACGGUGUCUGAGGAAUAUCAAACUGAAGUAGUUUACACCAUUGGAGAUGAUUUGUCGUUCCUUCCAUUCAUCAUGGAUCUACGUCGCAUCGCCGCCAACCACCGAGACCAACGCGAGGAUAUCUUGGAUCGUCACUCUAAUUCAAAUCUCCGAUCCACCCGAGAACACCCAUUGCUCCCCAAGCAGCGUGCUGGACAACCGGCGAGGCGGCUUCACACCACGAUGCUGUGGAGGGCGAUGAAACAUCCGUCCUCCGUCUCAUGGCUCCUCACCCAGAUCCUCCCUCCCUCCAUCUUCCCCUUUGCGCAGUGCAGGACAGCUAAGGCUGAAGCACCGACCAACCAGGGAGGCAACAGUAAACGAGCAAGCUACAACGGCAAGCACCAAGUACCUCAAAUUUUAAAUGUAGGAAGUGGUGGAAGCGGACAUGAACCUGCCCAUGCUGGAUUUGUUGUGCCAGGGAUGUUGACCGCUACUGUUUCUGGAGAUGUUUUCGCUUCUCCACCUGUUGAUUCUAUUUUAGCUGCUAUUCGAGUCAGAAUGGUCCCCACAGGGUGCCUUCUAAUAGUAAAGUUGUUUCCUGUAAACUUAUCCCGGAUAUACAACACUAGACUUGCAGUGAAAAAAUUAUCAUACAUGGGAAAGCAACAACAAUUUAAAAAUUAUGAGCAUGUUUCAGUUGGAGACUUCUACCUCCCCGCGUCAUACAUCAAAGGGAUCUGGUUAGAAGGUUGCAUAUUAAUGUCAUGUGGCUCGGAUAGGCUAGAGACUUGGAAUAGCCGGAAGGGCUCACAGGAUUGA